AUGUUUUUGUGUGUACGCGGUUCAUCGUUAAGUGUUGUUGUACCGGCCGACCGUCAACGGUUUGUGUCAACGCUAGCUUCGGAGUUGGUGCCUCAGCCUUUGAUGAAUUGCGGCAAGAUGAACUUUAGUUUUGUUUUAGUAGCGCUGUCAGUUUCGGAUCCAGAACUGGAAGCAGAAUCUUUUGAGUCGAGUCGAGUCGAAUCGAAUCGAGUCAUGCUUUCGAUGGUGGACGAAUCGUCGUUCGAGGCGGACCGGCAUUGCAAAAGCGGCUCCUCCGGCAGCGGCGGUGAUGGCGACUCGUCAAGCGCCAAUGGCUACUGCGAUGUUAGCGAUCAGUAUGAUGAAGACCGCAUGAUCGAGUCGAAGGACAGCUCGACAUCGUUGCACUUCGUCGAUCCCGACUACAAAGACACGCUGCUCACGCGUCUGAGCACCCUCCGUAGAAAUCGGGAACUCUGUGACGUCAUUCUUUUCGUUGGUGGUCGAGAGUUGUACGCGCAUCGAGUAGUGCUUGCAGCUGUCAGUUCGACACUGUACGAGUUGCUCACCUCAUCAACUGUCAGCUCGGGCUCGAGCACGUCGGUAAACGCGUUCGACGUAGCCAAUCGAUGUUCGUUCCCUGACUUUUUCCGAAAGAUCAAGGUCGGAAGCUUCAGCGCCAACACGUACAACAAGGAACGGCAAUACUACCUUGAGUUUCCGGACGUCGACACGGAGAGCUUCGAAGCGCUGAUUCACUUCGCUUACGGUGGUCGCGUUGAAGCGUUGAUACCCUUGAACGUGCUCAUGGUACAGGUCAUGGCCCAUUACAAGGCAAAGUUCGUCAACCAAAAGGAGAGACAGCUAUACACAGGUACUCGUGUGUACUUUCUUGAGCGCAAACUGAAUUUUUAUCUGGACUCGCUGAACGAUGAAAAUUCUAGAUUACGUGUUCCCAGAAAGAAAGUCGCCGACGUAUUUAAACUGUCAUCCUUGCUUCGAAUGGAUUCUUGUGCCAAAGCGAGUGCCGACUUUUUGGUACAGGACCUCAACGUCAGCAACUGUAUCGGUAAGUUUUGUUUGCUGUAUGUAAACAGAUCAUUAGUCGCCCAUUAUCUGCACUUGAAUUGUUGCGCUAACCUGCUGUGACC